AUGGUGUAUGAGGGUGGCCCUUCUCGAGGCUGUGAUACAUGUCGAGCGCGAAAGGUCAAGUGCACAGAAGAAAGGCCCUUUUGCACCCGAUGCCAACGUGGCGGAUUUCUCUGCCUGGGGUACCAGAGACGGUCACGGGCGGCGCUGAAGAAGGAGACCUACAAGCUUCAUCGUCCAAGUUCGUCGUCCACGUCUGAUACCAGCUCUUCUAUCACGGAGUCGCCGACCAUCCUGAGUCCGACAACUCUGUUCUUGGAGCCGUCCCUGGAAAGUAGAUCGACGUCCUUCUUCAUGGAUCAGUUUGUCGUCGCCCCCGAGACCGGCCAGAACGUCGGCUGGUUCGAGUUCUUGCCGGAACUCCUCUCUCGCGCAGAACCAUCCUCGGCCCUGGACGUGGCGUUUCGAGGAUGCUCCUACCUGUCGCUGGCCAACCGUCAGGACCACGAGAGUCUCCGGUAUGCAGCUUUGAACCUGUACGGAAAAGCACUGCGGUCGACGAAUGACGAGUUGCAAAGUCCGGAGACAGCGACCAGUGACACCACCUUCGCCGCCAUAUUGCUGUUAUGUUUGUUUGGCCACAUAAAUGGCGACUUGAGAAUGCAGAUCGGUGCGCAUGCACUCGGCAUGUACAAACUGCUCGAAAUGCGAGCCAGGUCCGGUGUCCAGAGUGCCCAUACACUGUCUCUGACUCGACACUUCUUUGCACUAAUGCAUUUGGAGAACAAUGAGAAACUGCUUGCAUCACCGGCAGGAGCAGCAGCAGCGGGAGGAGACGACGCUUCCAGUGAAGAUUCACAAGCUGCAGCCUCCGACCUUUUCGCGCGCAUGGGAAUGCUGUGGCCCAUCUCGGCCGCCCUCCUGACUCGGAUGCGCAUGUGGAUGAGUGGCGACGAUUCGACGAAAGACAUCAAGACUCUUCUGCCACUCCUGCAGAAUAUAAUGAAGCUGGAAAAACAGGUGCAAUUGGCUGUCCACGGCCUGGAUCCCAUGUGGUACUACACCACAAUUCCCGCCCGCGACGCCCCUCCGAAGUCGAGAUGGAAUGCGACCUUCCGCAAAGCGUUGGUGUACCACGACUCUUGGAUCAUGAGCAUGUGGCAUGCUUACCGGAUCACUCGGAUAUCCUUGCGCACGACAAUGGUUGCGUGUUACGAUCUGAUUCUGGACACUGGAGAAUCCAAUACGAUAAACCUGUUCGAUGACGACCUGGAAGAACUAAAGGCUCGAUCACUCUCGACAAUUGACGCGUUGAACGAGGACAUAUGUACGAGUAUCCCGUGGACGCUGGGUCAAGUGGAAGCGGAGUUCGACGAACGGAGCCCGGAACCUAGUCUUCCAAAGGCGUCUCGGGCGUCUUUGAGUAUUGUCGGAUUGAAGACGGUGGCGAACGGUCGAUAUACCCGUCAGCACCAUUCAGAUCAAGCGAGGAAUGCCUUGUGGGAUAUCGCAUAUCGAUUCGGUAUCAAAGGGGCUUUAUGA